AUGGCGGCCCCGUGCUGCCCCGCUGGAUCUCAUGGGGCGGCCCCUCCGGAUGACGUGGACCUGCAGGGUUCCUGGGAGAAGCAUGCGGACCUGGACUGCUACAUGGUGGGCGAGAAGGAGAAGCCCAGCAGUGUGAUUUUCGCGUUCAGUGAUGUGUUCGGCGUCCUCUCCGGGCGCCACCGUCGGAUAUGCGACGACAUAGCUGCCUCUGUGCCUGGCAGCCUGGUGUGUCUUCCCGACCUCUUCCAUGGCGACCCCAUUGCGCCGGACUUCUCGGACUCAAGGUUCCCAAGGAUGAGGCAGAAACUCUUCAUGCCCAAGAUGGUGUACCGCAUCCGGUACCGCUUCGGUUGGGCCCAGGUGGGCCCGGAUAUCCAAGGCCUGGUGGAUUCGCUAAAGGAACAGCAUGCGGUGCCGUUCAUGGCCUUUGGAUUCUGCUAUGGGGGCUACGUGAUGGCAAAGGCCUGCACCACGGGGUUCUUCAGCGCCGGCGUGGGGUUCCACCCUUCGCCCAUCGUUGCCACACUGCAGUGCCAGCCUCACAACCAAAAGAUGCCAGACCUGGCGAAAGAGGUGAAGUGCCCUUUGCUCAUGGUGCCAGCCGACAACGACGAUGCAACAGUCAAGCCUGGGGGCGAGUUCAUGCAGCUGCUUGCUGCCUCGUUUCCGACUAGCAAAUCAGUGUGUUACGAGAGCAUGCUGCAUGGCUGGAUGACGCGCGGAGUUGGUGAUCCCGUGCUACCGCAAAAGGCAGGUGUCGAGACAAUAAGAGAAGCCCACGCAUCAGCACUGAAGCUGGCAGUGGACUUUUUUAUGCAGCACGCUCAGCACGCGUCGCCCGUUCCAGCUUCCUCAGUUUCCUGA